AUGGGGGAUAACGGGAGCUGGGUCUUCCGGAACGCCAGCGAGCCGCGCAACGCGUCGGGCGCGGAGGUGACGGGCGCGAACCGCAGCGUGCUGGGGGAGUUUGGCGAGGCGCAGCUGUACCGACAGUUCACCACCACCGUGCAGAUCGUCAUCUUCAUCGGCUCACUACUCGGAAACUUCAUGGUGUUAUGGUCAACUUGCCGUACAGCCGUGUUCAAAUCUGUCACCAAUAGGUUCAUUAAAAACCUGGCCUGCUCGGGGAUUUGUGCCAGCCUGGUCUGUGUGCCCUUUGACAUCAUCCUCAGCACCAGCCCUCACUGUUGCUGGUGGAUCUACACCAUGCUUUUCUGCAAGGUCGUCAAAUUUUUGCACAAAGUCUUCUGUUCCGUGACCAUCCUCAGCUUCCCUGCCAUUGCUUUGGACAGGUACUACUCAGUCCUCUAUCCACUGGAGAGAAAAAUAUCUGAUGCCAAGUCCCGUGAACUGGUGAUAUACAUUUGGGCCCAUGCAGUAGUGGCCAGCAUCCCUGUGUUUGCAGUGACCAAUGUGGCUGACAUCUAUGCCAUGUCCACCUGCACGGAAGUCUGGAGCUACUCCUUGGGCCACCUGGUGUAUGUUCUGAUCUAUAAUAUCACCACGGUCAUCGUGCCUGUGGCUGUGGUGUUCCUGUUCUUGAUACUGAUCCGACGGGCCCUGAGUGCCAGCCAGAAAAAGAAGGUCAUCAUAGCAGCACUCCGGACCCCACAGAAUACCAUCUCUAUCCCCUAUGCCUCCCAGCGGGAGGCUGAGCUGCAUGCCACUCUGCUCUCCAUGGUGAUGGUCUUCAUCUUAUGUAGCGUGCCCUAUGCCACUUUGGUCAUCUACCAGACUGUGCUCAAUAUUCCCAACACUUCUGUCUUCUUGCUGCUCACUGCCAUUUGGCUGCCCAAAGUCUCUCUGCUGGCAAAUCCUGUGCUCUUUCUUACUGUGAACAAAUCUGUCCGCAAGUGCUUAAUUGGGACCUUGGUGCAACUCCACCACCGGUACAGUCGCCGUAAUGUGGUUAGUACAGGGAGUGGGGUGGCUGAUGGCAGCUUGGAGCCCAGCAUGCGCUCAGGAAGCCAGCUCCUGGAGAUGUUCCACAUUGGGCAGCAGCAGAUUUUUAAGCCCACAGAAGAUGAAGAAGAGAGUGAAGCUAAGUACAUUGGUUCAGUUGACCUCCAGGCCAAGGGGAUACUUUCUACCAGCCUGGAAGUAGAGCAGGGGCCACAGCUUACAUCCGUUGCAUCACCCCUGAGCCCAGUGGACUCUGCAUCCCAGGUGGCACCAGCAGCUCCCAUGGAAUCUGAGGCAGUCCCUGACAAAUAUUCCUUACAAUUUGGCUUUGGGCCUUUUGAGUUACCUCCUCAGUGGCUCUCAGAGACCCGAAACAGCAAGAAGAGGCUGCUUCCACCUUUGGGUAACACCCCAGAAGAGCUGAUCCAGACAAAGAUGCCCAAGGUAGGCAGAGUGGAGCGGAAGAUGAGCAGAAACAACAAAGUGAGCAUUUUUCCGAAGGUGGAUUCCUAGCAAAGAUUGUAAAAUCCUGGGAGCAACAAGGAGCUUCCAUGUCCCUAAUGUCCCUUCACCUUCGGUCUGGCUGUAUGAUUUGUAUGAUCUCAUUGCAACCUAGUAUGGGUUAGCUCCUCCUGUAGGGGCCACAUGCUUUUGAAUGAAAGGAAAAAAUAUAUAAAAUCAAAUGUCUGCUUUAUUAAGGAAAUAUAUGU